AUGGCUACACUUGCAUUGACGCAGAGCCUUCCUGCGAUUCUUACCAAAUUUUCAGGUCCUGAAAACCCCAUGACUCAGUCGAAGCCAUUUCUGAGCUUUAUGGAUAUGUAUUACAAGGUCGAGCCUAAAAAGUUAUCUAAUGGUUCACAGAUUAAGGUUCCUCUGAAAUGUGCUUGUCCAAGCAAUAAGUAAAUUGACAAAGGUGUGAAGUAUCUGUUGAGCUAUCCGGUGAUUCAGGGUGACAGUAUUUCUAGUGUGAGCUUGAAAUUUAGUGUUAUCCAUGAGAGUAUUCUUGAUGCCAAUGAGCUCUCUAAGGAAAACUCCGAUAUUUACCCUCUCACUACACUCUUGAUUCCUUUAGAGGAUGAGCCAUUCUUUAAUGGAAUCAUAUCCCCUCCACCUACUCUCUCUCCUCCUUCCACAACCCAAAUCUCAAGAAUUGGAAAGAAAAGAUCAGGUCAGGCUAUCGAUGAAGAGAAUCCAUCAAAGCCUGAGAGCUCAAAGAGGAAGAAACUCACAGAAUUUUUGGAUGAUCUCGGUACCAAUAAUGGCCUAAAAGUGUACAGGUACCGAGAUUUUCAUGCUGCUACAAAUGGGUUCUCAUCUGAGUUCAGAAUCAAGGGGUCUGUGUAUUUUGGCAAUGUAAAUGGUACGGUUUUGGCCAUUAAAAAGGUGAAUACAUAUGAUUUAAAGGAAACCAUCAAGACAGAAAAGAUAAACCAUCUCAAUGUUGUCAGGCUUUUAGGCCUCUGUUUCAACCAAGACAGCUACUACCUUGUCUAUGAGUUAAUGGAGAAUGGGUCUUUAAGUGACUGGAUCCAUGAACCAAAUAGGUCAAAGACUUUAAAAUGGAUGAAAAGGGUGCAAAUUGCUUUGGAUGUGGCUAAUGGGCUUCAGUAUUUCCACAAUCAUGCAAGAAUUCCUUAUCCUCAUGGUAAUGUCAACAGCAGUAGUAUACUUUUAGAUACAAAUUUCAGGGCUAAGAUCACAGAUUGUAGGCUGGCAGGAUCCAAGAAGGCGAGAAAUGCCAUUGAUGGAAGAGGGUAUAUGGCACCUGAGCAUUUGCAGAAUGGGCUGGUGACUCCACAGAUGGAUGUUUAUGCUUUUGGAGUAGUACUACUGGAGUUGAUCACAGGGAGAGAGUCAAUUGUGCAGCAUCAAGAAGGAGAAGUGCUCUUAUCAGAGGUUAUAAUCCAAUUAAUAGAGCACGAUAAUGCCAAAGAGGAGCUUAAAGGAUGGAUGGAACCUGUGAUGGAUGGGAAUUAUCCAUUGGAUUUGGCUUUCGCCAUGGUUCAAUUGAUUGGUGCUUGUUUGAGGCAAGAACCAGAAAGACGUCCAAGCAUGAAUGGGGUUUUCCAGUGUCUUUCCAAAAUCUAUGUGGCUUCAUGGUGGUUCAAUUAUGGAAGCUAUUGGCAGGAAGAACAGGUUUUGCUCAAAAGUCUCAUUGAUUAA